UACUGGAAAGCAUUUUCGAACGGAAAUUCAAUACCGACAGUACUGUCCAGUACUGUCAGCCAAUUUCCGAACACGGCCUUUGAGUUCGUCCGUCUAAUAGCAUUUUAUUUCUAUGAGUUUCGUCCACAGUCAUAGUUCUGCAUAGUUUGGCUUCUUCCAUUCGUUUUUGGGUUCGCGUUACGUUAUGUCGAUUGAAUGAUUUUCAAGCGGCUUAAAAUAUAUUAUUCUCUAUCUUUCGCGUCGGUACUUACCGGAAACGGAGUACUUAAGCCGCAGAAUAAUCGUUUACAAAGAUUAGAAGUAUAGGAAGAUGGAACAAGAAUCCAGACGUAAAGGACCUAGAAGCCCUAGCGCUGAUUCAGAAGAUUCUUCUCACAAAAGAAGGUCUAGGAAGUAUGAUCGAUCACCAUCUCCGAGAAGGAACAGAUACCGACGAUCUCGCUCUAGGGACAGAAGAUCGCGUUCAAGUUCUAGAGAUAGAAGAAGAAAGGAUUCCAGUCGUUCGCAACAAGAAUGGGAACAGCAAACCUCACAGUCUCAAACUUCUACUCCGAAUCCAAACAUUUCCGGUGCUUAUGUUACAUCGCUUCAUCAUUAUCAGGCACCUCCACCUCCGAAUACGAGUCAGCCACCACCACCCAUAGCAUCUUACAAUCAAGGAUAUAAUAAUUACAACUACCACUAUGGGCUAGCCUAUGACUACAGUUACCCGCAUUCCACUAGUUAUCGCAGCGAUUACCCAAACUGGCCAGAAAACGAGUUACCCUAUAACAAUCAACAAGCACCUCCACCUCCUACGUUAACAUCUCAGCAAGAAUCAUCGAGACCAGUGGAUAGUGGUUCCUCUGGAUUAGUGUCAUCCUUGGCAAGACCAGAGGAUGCCAAAAAGGAAGCAGCAAUCGCAGCUGAAGUAAAACAGCAAAAAGCAACUCUAGCUAAGCAGCGAGAGGAAUACGUUAAGAAAUCAACCACAUUGCAGUGCGAACUGGAAAUUCUGCGUCAACAGUAUGAUGAAAUUGGUAAAGAGGGUGGACGGGAGAAUACUCGUAUCAUAAAAGAGAAUCAAAAGUUGCAGGUAAAUAACUGUAUCAUCAUUUCAUUUUUCUUUGUUCUCGUUCUUGCGAGUUGCUUAAAACAUUUUAUAAUAAAAAUGGUUCAAAUUCUUAGAUUUGAAUCCAUGAUGAAAAUAAAAUAAAGUGUAUAUCCAGUUAAAGGGGGUCAAAAGUGUCCUUAGACCGGUUUCGAUUUGCGUGUGUUCUAUUUUAGCCCAAAGAAUUGAAGUUUCUCAUAUACAUGUUAUGGGCCACAACACUUAAACUACUGAACCGAUUGGAAAAUAGUGUUAGAAGCAAUUGUUGGAAAUUCGAUCACCUUUAAUAUGGUAUUUUGCGCGACCUAAUCGUCGAAAAAUGGAAAAAUAGAAAAAAUUUUCAUUCUGAUUUUCGAGUUUAACAGGCCAAAAUAUAUAAGAAAAAAAUAAUGACGGUGAAUGUACCUUUUUUUUUUUUGUAAAGUAGUGUAAUUAGUCAUGAUAUUUUUUGUUCAUCCUGCAUCUCUUUUUGGAGGCCUUGAAAGAUAUCCGCCACAUAUAUAGUAUAUAAUAAUGGACUUUAGACCCCUUCUUGAGAAAGACCCUUAAAUAUCCUUCUUGUAUUGCCAAAACCCACAAAACCCACAAAACUUACUGUUCUACUGUACAUCCAGAGUGCUAUACAUGUUAGCAUUCUAAUUGAGAUCCCUAUGUUGGCUAGUUUUUCCAGCAAUUUAUCCAUUAACACAUUGUCAUAUGCAGAUCCGAUAUCUAGAAAUGCAGCUACUGUGUAUUGUUUUUGAAUCAUCC